UGCCCUGAAAUUGCAUUGGAUGCCUUUGACAGACACAGACAUUGACAUCAUGGCGUGUGUUCCAUUGGGGACGGUAGCUGCCCAGCUCCUGUUAGAGGUGAAACAUGUGCACAGCAGUAACGGCUGCCUGUCAGACGACCUUCUGUCAGCCCUGCAGGACGUGUUCGGCACUUCUCUGCUGUCAGCGCUGGACAUAGUGGACCGGAAAGGAGUGACUCACGUCAGUUCUCCCAGUGGGAGACACCUGUACCUGGUGGUGGGGAGCUCGGGAAGACUGUACACCUGUCUCCCAUCGGGACUGUACUGUCCGUGCACGUAUUUCACCUAUGCUGCUCUGAUGAAGGGGGAGGCUCUGGUGUGUAAGCAUGUACUAGCCGUGCAGCUCUCACAGGCCAUGGAGGCGUGCCAGGAACUAAAUGUCUCAGACGAAGAACUUGUUGGUCUUCUGAUGAACAAAGAUACAGCUACAGCUCAGUGACGAUGGCGCUUAUUAUAGUACCAGUGCACGUGUUCUGUUCGUGUGACAUGUUAUAGACUUGUGGUUCUGGCAUCUAUCAUCUAUGUUGGCCCCAAGAAUGUCCCAAACUCCAAAGAGCGCCAAGUCCACAAGAGGUGAUACCGGA